UCAGAAACCACACACAUAUACACAGUUUUAGUUUAGAGCGAGAACAAUGGCUUUUGUGUCUCUUCUUAUUUUAGGGUUUCUUGUUUUUUGGGCAGGUAACGGUGUGAUGUGUUCCGGCGGCGGCGGCGGCGGUGGUGGGGUGGAUAUGGAUAUGGAAGAGGAGGAGCUGUUUGGGCUAUUUGAAGUGAUGGGCUCACUUUUGGAAGACCCCACGUGGGCUCAAAUGCAUCCAUUGCCAUGCACUGAAACACCAUGGCCAGGUGUUGAGUGUGAGCUUCUUGACGAAGACGACGACGAAACCUCAAUAUUUCAUGUCACAAAGAUUCAUGUGGGCCCAGAUAAUGUUUGCAAACCUUCCGCCAAAAUCUCGCACUCUCUCCUCAAAUUGCCUUACCUAAAAACUCUUUCUUUAAUGAACUGUUUCACUAACUCACCCAUUUUUCUGUCAAAAUCCCUCUUUGGAUCUCUCUCUAAUUUCUUGGAGCAUUUAGCCCUAGAAUCAAAUCCCAGCCUUUUCGGAGAAAUCCCCAACACAAUUUCAAAUCUUACAAAUCUGAAAGUAUUACGUUUGUCGCAGAACAAUCUGAGCGGAGAAAUCCCUAAAGAAAUCAAAUCCCUUGUCAAUUUGCAGCAGCUGGAUCUCAGCCACAACAAUUUCACCGGCCCAAUUCCUGAAGAAAUUGGUGCCCUAGAAAAAUUAGCGAUUCUUGAUUUAAGCUGGAAUUCGUUGCAGCAAGUGAUUCCCGCUUCAAUUGGUGGGCUGGAGUUUCUCGAAAAGAUCGAUUUAAGCAGCAACGAAAUCCAAGGGCAACUGCCGCGGAAUUUGGGGAGAUUAAGGAGGUUGGUUCUGUUGGAUUUGAGCCGUAAUAAUUUGACCGGUCCAAUCCCUGAAACCCUAGCCGGUCUGCAGCAACUGCAGUACUUAAUAAUGGAGGACAACCCAUUAAAUGCAGGCAUCACUUCAUUUAUUGGGUCACUAGUCAAACUCAGUGUGUUGACCUUUUCCGGGUGCGGAUUGACCGGUCAGAUUCCGACAACGCUGUCGAAUUUGACGGGCUUAAUUGCACUGUCACUCGACAACAAUCGCCUAAAGGGCACCGUUCCAUCGGAAUUAGGCGCGCUGCCGAGUAUCGACAUGCUGAAUCUGAGCAGAAAUCGGCUUAGUGGAGAGCUAUUAUUUUCUCGAGAUUUCUUGAUUAGGCUCGGGGAGAGGCUUGAUAUUCGAGAUAAUGACGGUUUAUGCACUAAUUAUCGAGAGGCGGAGAGUAAUACAAGCUUAUCGAGAUUCUUGCAGAACCCUAGUUGUACUAGUAGUGCAAUGUUUCCUGCAGCAAGCAACAAAACUACGGCGGAGAAAAACCCGGACCGGGCCGAGAAUCUGAAACCGAAGUUGUACGACGGAAUUUCAAAUGGCGGAUCGAAAAUUUGUCCUUUUUACUGUCAAAAUUAUAUUCUUGUUAUUGUUGUUUGGCUUGUGAGUAUAUGAUUUUUUCUUGGAUUG